ACAGCUUCCCAUGGUGGGGCGGCGGGGACUUACCACAUGGCGACGAAACGAAAGUUAGGGUCCUAAAUAUGAAUGGAAGCGAUUGUAAGGCAGUCGGUGUCAAUUGGUGGACGGGAGAAGGUAUGGGUGCGAGGGGAAGCAGACAGGUGUGUGAGCAGAGAAAGAGCGGUGGUGUGUUUGACUUAUAUCUUCCAGAGCCAAGCACUGAGCAUGCCCCAGCGACGCCCUUCUCCACUCGACCUUGUCUAGCCUCGCCAAUGCAGCGUAUCGCAGUCAUCUGUGACGCCGCUCUACCACCCUUGAAUCUGCCUGCUUGUCGUCCCUGCGACUCGCGACUACGGCCUUUUCGUCGACACGCCCAUGCAUCCCACUGCCCGUCCCUCGUCGUCCCCUAUUUCGUCAUGUCUCUCGGAAUCAUCCUUGUCCAUCGGCUUCCGCGAUGAAUGCAGCCAGUAGUCUCCGUUGCUGUUCCUGACCUGAUCGCCCGCUAUACAUCGUUUCUCAGGGACCAAGAGGCGCAGCACCUCCAAAAUAGCAACGCUAGACCCGUUCCUAUACUAUUUUCAUGUCAAGAUGCCAGAAUCUUUCUCCUCUCAAUGCUACAGUACGGCCACUAUGCCUCUCGUGUCCUGACGGGCGCCGCCAUCGCCGUACUGGAGGCGUUCAGGUGUUCUAAUGAUUAUGCUUAUGGAUUUGUUUCUAAUUCUGCUCUCAUCAUUCAAUACCGCGGAUUCGCUACGUCAGCGCGGGUACGGCUCCCAAUUUGGAAUUAUCGCCGUGCGUCACUACUUGACGUCUGUAAACUCUGUUUGAGGAUCUUCUGCCACAGGGUCGGCAGCAGCAGCUUGAAGAAAACCGACAAGGCAAAACAAAAUAUGGGAUAUGGGUGGAACCCAGUCGCUAGCUGCACCAUCCGUCCCACUAACGGCGGAACUUUACCCGCAAUGUGCUCCCCACCGUGUAAUGUGUCUCAAUCAGACGGUGAGAAGCAACAUGCCGUCUGGCUUCGCAAGUCUGCAUCUCACGCAAGAGCGGCAGCAAUGCACACCUCGAAGGAGCCAGAGAAAGCUUUUGAGCUGCUGUGGCUGACGCUGUGAACGAAUCACACACUGUAAUCACAAACGUGUAGGAUCAAGCUGAGACUUCGGGGCGUGUACACUUGCUCAACUGGAAUGGCGGGGAGUGGAACAACGGUGAGCACCUUGUGGCUGCUACGCGCUUGUUCCGCUCUGGCAAAAGCUUAUUCUACCUACCUGCAUGUGUGAGCUCAGCUAUAGGAAAGCGUGCCGACGACAACGCUUUG